AUGACUGUUGCUUCUUCUUCUUCUUCUUGGGUGUUGUUCUUCUUAGUUGUGGCAGAGCUCGCGUGCGGCAUGUCGAGCCUGAUUGGAUUGGGUUCGAGAUUGUUAGCGAGGGAGAACCAAAUAUGGGUUUCUGAGAAUGGAACUUUUGCAUUUGGGUUCACUCCGGCGGUGGACUCAUGGUCGCGUGGUGAUCAGUUUAUAUUGGGUAUUUGGUUUGCUCAACUUCCCGGAGAUCGAACCUUGGUUUGGUCUUCUAACAGAAACUCACCCGUCGGCAAAUCCGCAAUCUUGGACUUGGACGCCACCGGCAACCUCCUCCUACUAGACGGCGACACCACCGUCUGGACCUCCAACACCUCCUCCGCCGCCGUCCACUCCGCCGUCAUGUCCGAAUCCGGCAACUUCAUUCUCUACACCUCCAACCAAACCAUUGCAUGGCAAAGCUUCUCUCAUCCAUCUGACACCCUACUCCCCAACCAACCAUUAACGGUCUCGCUCGAGCUCACUUCCCCAAUCUCCCAUUCCCAUGGCGGUUACUACACUCUCAACAUGUUGCAACAACCCACUUCGCUCAGCCUCGCUCUCAGCUACAACAUGCCGGAAUCUUACAACAACUACUCCUACUGGUCUGGACCCGACAUCUCCAACGUAACAGGUGAUGUUGUUGCUGUCUUGGAUGAAGCAGGGAGCUUUGGGAUUGUCUAUGGUGCUUCUUCUAAUGGUGCUGUGUAUGUCUACAAGAAUGAUGGCGACAAUGGUGGAUUAUCUUCUUCAUCGAAUCAAUCCAUCAGGGUAUCCAUUCUUCGCCGGUUAAUUCUCGAGACUAAUGGGAAUUUACGUCUGUAUCGAUGGGACAACGAUGUCAAUGGCUCGCGCCAAUGGGUUCCUGAAUGGGCUGCUGUAUCGAACCCCUGUGACAUUGCUGGUGUUUGUGGAAAUGGGAUUUGUAGUUUGGAUCGAAGCAAGACAAAUGCUUCUUGCACAUGCUUGCCGGGUUCUUCCAAAUCUGGAACAGAGCUUCGGUGCUACGACAACUCAUCGCUCACAGGAAAAUGUGGACCUCAACAUCAGAACAUGACAUCUGAAUUCAAAAUUGAAACUGUGCAACAAAGCAAUUACUACUUUUCUGAUUCAUCAGUGAUAGCUAAUUACAGUGAUAUUGCAAAAUGGAAACACUUUUUUUUAGUUUUCAUUUUCUAG